CCCAGCCUGUCCCGGGGAGGGGAAGGGGGCGGGCAGCGUAGGGGGUGUGACAGCUCCCGCCCGGACCAGUGCCAGCUGCAGCCUCGCUUCGGCGCCCGGUGCCAGCUGGCUCAUUCGUCUGGGACGGAGGUGGAGGCUUGGGGCUCCUUGCCGCUGGGGGGGGACUCCCCCCUACGCCCCCUGCCCUCAACCCACCCAAAAGGAGCCUCUACACCCAGCCGGUCGCCCUGGCAGCCAGUCCAGCUAGGAAUUAGCCCUGUUCCGCUUCGUCUGGGGCUUACAGCCCACACCCCUCCAGGAGGAGUAGGGGUCUCGAUGAGGGUCUCCCCCUCCCCAACCUUUUGCUAGAGCCUGCAGGGCUGUGCAAGCUUGAGAAGGACCAUGAAGGUGGGCUGGCCAGGUGAGAGCCGCUGGCAGGUGGGCCUGGCUGUGGAGGACAGCCCAGCUCUCGGAGCAUCGCAGGUGAGAGGCCUCCCGGACGUGGUGCCGGAGGGGACCCUGCUCAACAUGGUACUGAAGAGGAUGCACCGGCCCCGGAGCUGUUCUUACCAGCUGCUGCUUGAGCACCAGCGCCCCAGCUGCAUCCAGGGGCUCCGCUGGACGCCACUCACGGACAGUGAGGAGUCCCUGGAUUUCAGCGUGAGCCUGGAGCAGGCCUCCACGGAGCGGGUGCUCCGGGCCGGGAAGCAGCUGCAUCGACACCUCCUGGCCACCUGCCCGACCCUUAUCCGAGACCGGAAGUACCACCUUAGGCUCUAUCGGCAGUGCUGCUCUGGCCGGGAGCUGGUGGAUGGGAUCUUGGCACUGAGCCUUGGAGUUCAUUCCCGAAACCAAGCCGUUGGAAUCUGCCAGGUGCUCCUGGAUGAAGGUGCCCUUUGCCAUGUGAAACACGACUGGACCUUCCAGGACCGAGAUACCCAAUUCUACCGUUUCCCCGGGCCAGAGCCAGAGCCCGUGGGAGUCCAUGAGCUGGAGGAGGAACUGGUGGAGGCUAUGGCCCUGCUCUCCCAGCGGGGGCCUGAUGCCCUGCUCACUGUGGCGCUUCGAAAGCCCCCAGGUCAGCGCACAGACGAGGAGCUGGACCUCAUCUUUGAGGAGCUGCUGCAUAUCAAGGCCGUGGCCCACCUCUCCAACUCGGUGAAGCGGGAAUUAGCAGCAGUUCUGCUCUUUGAACCCCACAGCAGAGCAGGGACCGUGUUGUUCAGCCAGGGAGACAAGGGCACCUCGUGGUACAUUAUCUGGAAGGGAUCUGUCAACGUGGUGACCCAUGGCAAAGUGAGUUCUUCCUGUCUCCCCAGCCCCUGGGUUGUACCGGCUUCCCUGGUCCAAGUCCUCCCAGGAAGUACCUUCAAUGGACCCAAGGGGCUGGUGACCACACUGCAUGAGGGAGAUGACUUUGGACAGCUGGCUCUGGUGAAUGACGCACCCCGGGCAGCCACCAUCAUCCUGCGAGAAGAUAACUGUCAUUUUCUCCGUGUGGAUAAGCAGGACUUCAACCGUAUCAUCAAGGAUGUGGAAGCAAAGACCAUGAGGCUAGAAGAGCAUGGCAAAGUGGUGUUGGUGCUGGAGAGAGCCUCCCAGGGCGCUGGCCCUUCUCGCCCCCCAACCCCAGGCAGGAACCGGUAUACAGUGAUGUCUGGCACCCCAGAGAAGAUCCUAGAACUGCUCUUGGAGGCCAUGCGGCCUGAUUCCAGUGCUCAUGACCCAACAGAGACAUUUCUCAGCGACUUCCUCCUGACCCACAGUGUCUUCAUGCCCAGCGCCCAGCUUUGUGCUGCCCUCCUGCACCACUUCCACGCGGAGCCCUCAGGAGGCAGUGAGCAGGAGCACAGCACCUACGUCUGCAACAAAAGGCAGCAGGUCCUGCGGCUGGUCAGCCAGUGGGUGGCCCUGUAUGGUCCCAUGCUCUACGCUGACCCCGUGGCCACCAGCUUUCUCCAGAAACUCUCAGACCUGGUGAGCAGAGACGCCCGGCUUUGCAUCCUGCUACGGGAGCAGUGGCCGGAGAGGCGGAAACACCACAGGAUGGAAAACGGCUGUGGGAAUGCAUCUCCUCAGAUGAAGGCCAGGAACAUGCCUGUUUGGCUCCCCGGCCAGGACCAGCCCCUCCCCAGCAGCAACUGUGCCAUUCGAGUUGGGGACAAAGUCCCCUAUGACAUUUACCGGCCGGACCACUCAGUGCUGACCCUGAGGCUGCCUGUGACGGCCUCAGUGAGAGAGGUGAUGGCAGCGUUGGCCCAGGAGGAUGGCUGGACCAAGGGGCAGGAGCUGGUGAAGGUCAACUCUGCAGGCGACGCCAUUGGCCUGCCGCCAGAUGCCCGUGGUGUGGCCACAUCACUGGGGCUCAACGAACGGCUCUUUGUUGUCAACCCACAGGAAGUGCGCGAGCUGACCCCGCUCCCCGAGCAGCUGGGGCCCUCCGUGGGCUCUGCUGAGGGGCUGGACCUGGUGAGUGCCAAGGACCUGGCGGGCCAGCUGACGGACCACGACUGGAACCUCUUCAACAGUAUCCACCAGGUGGAGCUGAUCCACUAUGUGCUGGGCCCCCAGCAUCUGCGGGACGUCACCACCGCCAACCUGGAGCGUUUCAUGCGCCGCUUCAACGAGCUCCAGUACUGGGUGGCCACAGAGCUGUGUCUCUGCCCUGUACCCGGCCUGCGGGCCCAGCUGCUCAGGAAGUUCAUCAAGCUGGCUGCCCACCUCAAGGAGCAAAAGAAUCUCAACUCUUUCUUUGCCGUCAUGUUUGGCCUCAGCAACUCGGCCAUCAGCCGCCUGGCCCACACCUGGGAGCGGCUGCCCCACAAAGUCCGGAAGCUGUACUCGGCCCUGGAGAGGCUGUUGGACCCCUCAUGGAACCACCGAGUCUAUCGACUGGCCCUCACCAAGCUCUCCCCUCCCAUCAUCCCCUUCAUGCCCCUUCUUCUCAAAGACAUGACCUUCAUCCAUGAGGGAAACCACACGUUGGUAGAGAAUCUCAUCAACUUUGAGAAGAUGAGAAUGAUGGCCAGAGCCGUGAGGAUGCUGCAUCACUGCCGAAGCCACAGCAAUGUGCCCCUCUCACCGCUCAGAAGCCGCGUCUCCCACCUCCACGAGGACAGCCAGGCAGCCAGGACAUCCACGUGCUCCGAGCAGUCGCUGAACACCCGGAGUCCAGCCAGCACCUGGGCUUAUGUCCAGCAGCUGAAGGUCAUCGACAACCAGCGGGAACUCUCCCGCCUGUCCCGGGAGCUGGAGCCAUGAGGAGGCUGGGGCCCGAGCGGGCACUUCCCGUCAGGAAAGCCAGGGCACGCCCGGGGCCAAGAGGCCCACAGGCUGGCCACAGCUGGGCAGGGCUCUCCGCAGAGUGGACUCAAGGCCCUGGAGCGGGCAGCGUGGAGGCAGCUGUCCCCUGUGAUGACGGGUGGCCAAGGAGGACCUCGGAAUGGAAUGAGCCGGGGCCCAAGGCCAAGGAAUGGGGGGCAGAGAGGCCCUGGAGUGGGUGGGAGAGCAGAGCAGGUGCUGGGACUCUGGGUUCAAUAGAGAGCUCUCCACACCAGGUUUUUCCCAGA